AUGAAAUUUGAGGCCAAAUGGUUUAAAGAAGACUCGUUCCGCGAGGUUGUGGAGACAGCGUGGGCUUCUGCUGGGUCGGCCGUGGGCAAUGCAAACGUGCUCGCCAAGCUGGCUCAUAUGCAUGCCUCGCUGCAUGCGUGGGACAAGGAAAUACUACAGAAGCCGAAACGCCGUCUGAAGAAUGCACAGAGGAAGCUUGAGCGGGCUCUAACUGGCCCAUUAUCAGAGGAAAAUGAAACUAUUGCCAAAGAGCAAUCAGCGUUGAUUGAAUUACUUCUUGAACAGGAUGAGGUCCAUUGGAUGCAACGGUCUAGGGCGAAUUGGCUUCAGCAAGGCGAUCGAAAUACGGCCUUUUUUCACCAGUUUGCGACGGCCAGACGCAAAAAGAAUAUGAUUAAGAAGCUGAAACAUAAUAAUAUUUGGGUCGAGGGUAAUGCAGAUUUGAAACCUAUUGUCAAAGAUUAUUUCUCUAACCUAUUUUCCUCGGAAGUGCAGGCUGUUGAUCCCGAGCUCCUUGAUAAGAUCCACCCUAAGGUGACUGAUAUUAUGAAUGAAAGCCUGAUUGCACCGUUUUCUGCUGAUGAUGUCAAAAAAGCUGCAUUCAGUAUCGGUGAUCUUAAAGCGCCAGGCCCGGAUGGUCUCCAUGCCAUUUUCUACAAAAGAUUCUGGAGUAUUUGUGGGGCAGAAAUUACUUCUGAAAUUUUGCAAGCUUUGAAUACGGGGGAGAUACCUGAUGGCUGGAAUGAUACUACGGUUGUGCUCAUACCCAAAGUUGAUAAUCCAGAGUUGAUAACUCAGUUCCGACCGAUCAGCCUUUGUAAUGUGAUAUACAAAAUCAUCUCUAAAAUGUUGGCCUUCAGAUUGAAGCGGAUCCUCCCUGAGGCAGAUACGAAUAAUGCAACUUCCUUGCAACGAGUCCUGGAUACUUACUGUGCAAAUUCAGGUCAGAUGGUGAGUCUAGCAAAAUCGAGCAUUUUCUUCUCCCCGAAUACAAAUGUUCUUGUUAGAGCUGAAAUGUGUCAAGCACUUCACAUUGACACGGAAGCAAUUUCUGAUAAAUAUCUGGGCCUCCCUUCUCUUGUGGGGGCGGAGAGAAGUGACUGUUUUGAGCAUUUUAUUGAGAGAAUUAUCCAACGGAUUAAUGGUUGGAAGGAGAAACAACUGUCUAUUGGGGGCAAGGAAAUUUUACUGAAGGCGGUGGCCCAGGCCAUCCCAGUCUAUGCAAUGUCAGUUUUUCUUAUUCCUAUGGGUGUCUGUAAAAAGAUGAUGGACGCCAUCUCGAGCUUCUGGUGGGGUGAUGAUGAAAAUAGUAAUAAAUUGCACUGGAUGGCUUGGUGGAAGCUAUGUUACCCAAAGAGAGAGGGCGGUUUGGGAUUCAGAGACUUCCACUCCUUUAAUCUGGCCAUGCUAGCUAAGCAGGGACCUGAGGACAUGGCUCAUCUCCUCUUCCAAUGUCAUAUGGCGAGAGAGCUUUGGACUUCUUUGGGCGUCAUUGAUUGCAUUGAUGAAGCUUUGCUGUCCGACCGGUCUGGCUCGGCUAUCCUCGAAUAUCUCAUACGUGACCUGAACUCUUCUGUUCCGGGGUUUACUAAUAUGGGCUUUAAGGAACUUCGAAAGCAGCAGCAAAACCACCAUGCGGGGUUCAUCGGUGGGAGAAACCUGAGGCUAGACAGACCAAAGUAA